AUGCGUACCCAGUCGGACCCAGCAUUGAACAAGGGCUGGAUCCGAGUGACACUUCCUUAUGGAGCUGGCGGUACUCGAGGGGGCUCCUUGGCUUCUUCUGUCAAGAACCCGUCAAGCGGACAUGCAGUAACAACUGGGGGCGAAAUUGAGCUGUCUCUGAUUCCCGAUUUCUCGAUGGAAAUUGCUUUCAAUCAGCAGUCUGAUGUCUCACUUUCCAAACGUGCGAGCUCUGAUCUUCAGCGCCGUGGGUCCGGUUCACUUAUCCACUACAUGUUGGAUAUCUACUCUCCAAAUACCAUCGAGCUUGACUUGGAUGGAGUCUACUUGAGGGCUGACUCGGCAUACUACUCUCUUAGCAAUGUUGGAGAUGCUGAUGUUGACCCAUGGGCGAGUACGGAAACUGCUGGCGAUCGGAUCGGCAGUCAACCAGGUCGCAUAACCCUUCAUAAACAGAGUGGAAAAGACAAGUCAUUUCCAGACUACACAAGCACCAAUAUUCCAUAUCGUUUAUUCAACAACCAAGUCCUCACUUGCACGACGACUGAAGAAGGUAAAGCAUCCUGCAAAGCCGAUCUGUGCGAAUCGAAUGUUAUAAACUGCAGCGGCGAACCAUCAGGCAGUCGUCGCGGGACGGUAUCUAACCAGAAAAGAGACUCACUGAAUGAGAAGAAGACUCAGUCUCCAGAAAGGUUUCACAAGAGACAUGAUCGGGUUUCGCAUUCCGGUCAUGGCUAUCUUCACAAGAGGCAUGAGAUUGGUUCAUCCAAUUUGAUAACCCCAGGCUAUGAGACGAAGGACUGGGAAUCUUCUUAUCUGGAAAAGCGCGAACCAACAGGGGCAACAGGCGGAGUUCGAACCCCUUACACAUUUAGAUGUCGCGAAGAUGCUACUCACUACAGAGGUGGAGAGUACAAAAACUUGAACUAUCCAACCUAUGGAGACUGGACAGUGGAUGAUGGUCGCUAUGACAACGUCUUUGAUGCUGGUGACCCAGAUAUUUGCACAGACGGAUCAGUGACAGGACAUAUGAUACCCCAUGAUGGAACUUACAAGGGCAUAUCGUACGUCUGUGAGCACAUAAUGGAGCUACAGACAAUGAAGCUAUUCCUAAACGACGUUUCAAAAAACGUCUUGGCAGACAAGAGCAGCUCAGGCUUAUCGCAGAUACACUGUGACUUUGUCAAGUCUCUGAAUACGGCCAUGCUUAGCAACCCUCCGACGACACCAGGAAGUGAGACGAACAUCAAUAUUCCCAUGGUGCGCAUCAUGCAGCUUCAUGGCUCGGCGGAAAACUGGAAGCACUUCGUUUUCCUUGAAAAGGCCAUCAAUCAAUACAAAGCUUCGUUUUGGAAACGCGAAGACCCCAUUGGGGAAGGAAAGCGCGUGGAAUUAAACGAAGGGGAGGGGACAUAUUCAGAAGCCUUGGUCAACAUUCGGACUGUCAUCAACGUCUUCAAUUAUCUCAACGAGGACCAGUGGGUGCACGGCAAUCUGACCUGGAUUUCCAAAAAUAUCCGAACGGAAUUGCAACGUGCAGAUGAUGCCUGGGUUAGCAAAGGAAAGACCAGAACAAACAUCGCCCAGUACUGGAGUAAAUGGAUCAAAAGUCACCUCAAGGCAAUGUCAACUGAAGCCGCGGGAUGGGCCUCCCAAUGUGUCGGAGAAGUAAGGGGAAGUUGGCUUCCUCGCGAAGACUCUCCAGUCAGAACCUUGGUAUUGAGCUCUCUGGUAACAUUGGAAAGCCAGCUCGGUGGUAUCACAGUGAACACUGCGAAUCUAGAUUGA